AUGGGACCUCCUUCCACCCCUCUCAGCGGAAACACUCGCGAGCCGCUGCUGGCUUGUCCGUUUCACAAACGGGAUCCAAUCAAAUACAAUGUCCACGGCGAUUCCGGGUCUGGCAAGAAGCAUCGGUACAGACCUUGUACAGGGCCAGGGUUCAAAUCUAUCCAGCGACUAAAGGAACAUCUCAAACGAACACAUUCUCCCGUCCAAUGCGAAAGAUGCAAAGAAACAUUCAACCCAGGAAAGGGGGGAGACCGUGCAGAAUCCCUCAACAAGCUAGCCGAGCACCGCAAGAGCGAGGUCCCCUGUCCUCUUCGGGACGCCUCUCUCAAAGAAGGGGUUGACGAAGUUCAAUGGGCCAUGCUGGACAAGCAGAACCGAAAGAAGAACCAAGAGGUGCACCGGGUGGAGAAGUGGUUUGAGAUUUGGGACGUUUUGUUCCCAGAGGUUGCCCGGCCAGAAAGCCCAUGGCACGAGAUACCCUCUUCGUUCACCUCGGGAACCCCAAAGGACGGCGAGGAUUACUUUGUCGAUCUCUUUUUCAACAUCCUCGACCACAAGAUCCAACAAGGUGACAUCCCCCUACCCGGCUCUGACCCUGCCGACCCCAAUUCGUCCAACAAUCGCAACCUGGAUCUCCUCCGGGACCGCCUCAAGACCGUCGUCCAAAACACCUUUCGGAUGUACGUCUCGAUACGCGAGAACCUGUCCCCAGAGACAUCGUCCAGUCAAAGCCAGAGCCUCAGUCACGGCCACAACCGCCAGCCCUCAUCAACCUACCGGUCAGCCGGCACGGGCAGUCUCAGCGCGUCACUUCUCCAGCCGCCAUUACCUUCCACCGCGCCAACUUCAGUCACCAGCGGAACUCCUCAGCAGCAGCAACAAAGCCCCGCGGCCACCUAUCUUCCGCCGGGGGCUGCGUAUGGGAUGGCUCACUCCCAAUUCAUGCCUGCCGUGUCCCCGGCGGCAUUUACGGGAAUGGCAGACGACGGGACAGCCACAGCCAUGACGGCAAGCCCCUAUUUCUUCCACGCGGGCAACAACAUGUUUACGCCACAGGGAUACUGGCUUCAUCAAGUCCCGGCCGCGGCCAAUCACCCGCAUGCCGUGUCGUUUCCGCACCAGGGGCAUCUCCAGACCGCAGCUGAGACGUGGCUGAACUGGGGACAUGCUGGUGGAGAUGGGGAGCAGUGA